UGCGGCCAUUUUCACACAGGGUGGAGCAAAGGGAGGUAUGUGUUUUUGUGUGUGUGUCUGGCAGGGAUUUAGUGGGUGUCUCCGUAACAUGCGUGUGGUAGAAAGUGACAGAACUGGUGGGAUGAGUGAGAGUGACAGUAGGACAAAAGAGGAACAGGACAGAACAAGAUAAGAUUUUUUAAUUAAACAUUUGUGAUUUUGGGUGUGUUGCAGACCUACUUUUUCCCAUGCUGCCCUAAUACUUCCAUGAGCAGCAAUGUCAAACACGACUUCCACUGCAGAUGCCUCAGGGGGACAGCUGUUCUGUCCCCUGCUGGAGAUGAUGAAGGAGCACCGCCACAACAACAACACACAAGCCAAUUUGGUGGUGGUCAGCAUCCUUGGUCUGGUGUCUUGCCUGGGGAUUUUGGAGAAUGCCCUUAUCAUCUGGGUUGUAGGCUUCCGCCUGCGCCGUCGCACAGUGGCAUCUAUCUGGGUGCUAAACCUGGCCAUGUCUGACUUCCUUGCAACUCUCACGCUGCCCCUCUUCACUUUCUAUCUUUAUUCCUCACAUAGUUGGGAGUUAGGCAGCCUACUUUGCAGUACGCAGGCGUCCAUCUUCUACUUGAACAUGUUUGUGUCGGCCUUCCUGCUGGCAGCCAUUUCAGUGGAUCGCUGCCUUCUGGCAGCCAAACCAGUGUGGAGCCAGAAUCAUCGCACAGUGCGCAGAGCGUGGAAGGUGUGUGCGUUGGGUUGGCUUUGGGGACUGAUCAAUACAUUGCCUUACUUGUUGUUCCGCGCAGUGACCAAGAAACAUGAUGGGAGAAAACUGUGCUAUCAUAACUUUGCCUUGUAUUCAUCCUCUCUGGAGAGAGAUUGCAAAGUGAGGCAAGCGUCAACCGCCAUCUCCAAGCUCCUAGUAGCAUUCCUGUGCCCCCUGGUGGUUAUCGCAGGAAGCUACAUACAAAUUGUUAUCAGCCUGAAGAAAAGGAGCAGGAGGAGGAAGCAGAGUGCCAGCCGGCUCGUAGAUACACUUAUUGUGUCUAACAAAGAUGGGGCAAAAGAAAGUAGGCCUACAACCACAAAAAAGACAAAUAUCUUUCUCAAGCCUCCGUCUUCAGCUCCAUCUUUAUCCCUGACACCCACUUACUUGUCCCCCACUACCCCUAAUCCCAAUCAGCUGUCCAAAAGCUUCACCAAGAUGGUAACAUUUGUGAUUGCAGCUUUUGUUCUGUGCUGGGCACCCUAUCACAUCUUCUGCAUGAUCGAGGUGACAGCCCAGUACUGGCAAGAACAUCUCAACUUGGUGGAGGUGGGGCUGCCUUUGGCAACAAUCUUUGCAUUCUUAAAUCCUGUGUGGAACCCCAUUCUGUACGCCUUCAGCUGCCCAAACUUCUGUGUGAGAAUACGACAGAGUCUGGGAGCGGUGUUUGAUGGUCUGGUAGAGGAAGGAGGGGGGUUACUGAUGGUUCCGGGGAGAUCUAUAAGAGCUCAUAUUAGGCGGAAGAGCAGUCGAGAUGUGAACUUUGAAAUGCCAGGGUCACCAAAGAUCUCACUUUCACCCUGUCCAUCAAAUCACAGCCAAUCGCCCCUUCCACUGCCUUCGUUCUCUGAAGAUCUUAAAGACUGUCAUGUAUCAAAAGAUGUUGUUAAGCAGAGCUGAGACAUAUUUCUGUUGGAAACAUGUCCAAAAGUCCUCAUACACAUAUAGGCCUUAUUCUAUGGAAGACACCACAAAAAGCAAGUAGCAGCAACUAGUAGUAAAGCUUGAAACAGUAUUUUAGCCAUGUUAGCUACGGACUGCAAUGAAGAUCUGUCACUCAGUUCAUUCUUCAUCUUGGUCCAGACUAAAAUAACAAUUAUAGGUAAUAACCCUACUUUUACGUGUAGCAUCAUCAAGAAUCGGACUAUUUUGUUUUUUAUUUAGAUGUCAUGUGAACUAUUGUGCGAAAUUAGAAUCCCAACACAGGAUGCAUUUUGAUCUGUUUUCCUUUUAAUUUCCUAGACAAUAUUUGCAUUGUGACUUUAUUUAAAUAUUGUCAAAAAGAAAAGUUUGCACAGCAUUGAAUGGCCUCACUCAAUGUCAUGGAACAAGUUAUAUUUAUGAUUGUAAAUCUUAUUCUAAAAGUAAGGAAGCCAUAAAAAGCCAGUGAGGGGAAUACAAAAUUCUAGUUACUUUAAAAAUUGCUUUUUUAAAUCUGUGAAAUUGGAUGAAAUAAAGACAUUUUCAUCAGAUGUAUUUAUCUAUUCUUUUUUAUGUUCUAAUUAUGGCCCCAUUAUGCUGAAGUGCACUACCCAAUAUUUUAAAUAGGACUAAAAACAUUCAUAUUUUCUUUUCACUACACACUCUAAACAUAACAUACACACAUUUAAAGCCAAAACAAUAACACAUCAGUGGUGUUAGAGAACUUUUUCACAAUAUUUGUACUUUUUGUUUAGAGUUUACUUUUGCGCAUAUGCAAAAAGACAAAUGCCAACAUGGAUAAGACAAAAUGCAAGGGAGGCUGGAGAAAAUGCUGGCCAAAAAUAGACACAGAAUGACUUGUCCGAGGCUAACGCAAUGAAUUUUGAAGAAUAGACCCAGAACUUUGUAGCCCCUUAAACCCUGUAUUUUUCUUUAAUUAAAUCCAUCAGCGGCUCUUCUGGCGACAUCUCUCCUUCCUCUUCUCCCUUGCAGUCUUUUUGUUGUAAGCCUACUUACUACAUACAUGUGUUGAUUUCAAUACAUUUAAAGAUGUAAGAGAGAAACUGAUAUUAUAUUAUGAAGUGUUUAUGGUCAUAAAUUGAUGCAUAUAUUCUACUGUAA